AUCGACACACUCGUCACAUCAAUUAUGAACCACAGAUAUACUGCUUUAGAAGCAGGUUUCGUACAGAGCAUGGUUGGAAGCUUAUAAGAGUUAUCGUAUUCCUAUUGUAAGUAAGCUUCGAGCUAACAGAAAUUCAUAAUUGUCACACUCAGAUUACAAACAAAAUAUAAGAUAUACCUAUUACCUUGUUGAUAAUUCAGAAAAAGAAGUUUUCACAUAUAAUUUGAAUUUAGUCCUAUGAAUUACAUUGACAUACAAGCAUGGAAGAGGAUAAAUUCGUUUCCAGUCUGUUUACACAAGUCUCAUUGUUCUUUGGUAAAACCUCCCUCUCGAUCAGAGACGCAAUUGUGUUGUGUGAAAGAAUGAAAGCGACAGGCUAAUAUGGUUAGCCCUUAACGGAUAAGUUAAUAUACAAAAGCAACUGUCUACAAUUUUUAUUGGAGACCAUAAAAAAUAGACGGUAUUCUCCUUUAUUCAUUUAAAUCAAAUUGUCUUUAACGCAAUUCAACCUUUAAAGAAUAACCAAAUUAUCGUCUAAAGAGCUAUCAUUAUCAUUAUUCUUAAUUAAAUCCGUUUUUUAUAUCUAUUACUCAAGAAACAUACGGUGUAACACACUCCUGGACCAAGAAACCAAAGGAGCUCGUUUCUCGAGUUAUAAACUAAUUUGUUUUAAUACAAAUAUUAACUUUUUGUAUGGUUUCCGCUAUAACAUUUUGAAAGACUCUUCGUCAGUUCGUAUAUUGGCUUCUAAGAUCCAACAAGCCAGUCCUUGGAGGAAUGAGGCUGCUUUAGUUUUAAAUGAUAAUACCAAUCCACUGCUCUGUUUAUAUUAAGGGACCUCUGCAUUAAGGGAAUGAAAUACUUCGGCAAUCCGACCUUCUAAAUCCUUAGAAUCUAGAAUAAGGACAUUUCAGAUAUAAAUUUCACUAGAAAAGACUGCUUUUAGUUACAAAGAAAUCUAAUUUAAAUCUUAUGGAAAUAGAGAAAUUCUCGGGCUUACGGUUUUUGACAUAUUUUUUUUUCGAAUCGACUCAACACAAGCCAAACACAGCACUUGGGUGGUUUUCCUUUCGUUUGGGAAUUGCGGUCGAAAUAAAAUCAAAUUAUGGAUUAUGAUAUUGAUAAUAUAAUAGAAAAGCUUAUAAAAGUGCAGCAUGUUAAACCAGGUCGCCAAACUCAAUUGUCGGAAGCAGAAAUUCGUUACUUAUGUAAGACUGCCCGUUCUUUGUUUCUAGACCAGCCAAUGCUAUUAGAAUUGGAGGCUCCUUUAAAGAUAUGUGGUGACAUCCAUGGUCAGUAUUCAGAUUUGCUGCGAUUAUUUGAAUACGGAGGAUUUCCUCCUGAUGCGAACUAUCUGUUCUUAGGAGAUUAUGUUGACCGAGGAAAACAAAGUCUUGAAGUCAUAUGUCUCUUGUUUGCCUUUAAGAUCAAAUAUCCUGAAAACUUCUUCCUUCUUCGUGGUAAUCACGAAUGUGCUAGUAUCAAUCGAAUUUAUGGUUUCUAUGACGAAUGUAAGCGUCGCUAUAAUAUAAAAAUUUGGAAAGUGUUUACAGAUUGUUUCAAUUGUAUGCCCGUUGCUGCAAUUGUUGAUGAAAAAAUAUUUUGUAUGCACGGUGGUCUUUCCCCAGAUUUAAACACCAUGGAGCAAAUUCAACGCAUUGUGCGUCCUACGGAUAUUCCCGACACUGGCUUAUUGUGUGAUCUUCUGUGGUCUGACCCCGAGAAAGAUGUGAAAGGUUGGGGUGAUAAUGACAGAGGAGUUUCAUACACGUUCGGCGCCGAUGUCGUAAAUCGGUUUUUGCAAAAACAGGAUAUGGAUUUGGUUUGUAGGGCUCAUCAGGUAGUUGAAGAUGGCUAUGAAUUUUUCGCUAAGCGCUUGCUUGUGACAAUUUUCAGUGCCCCAAAUUAUUGUGGAGAAUUCGACAAUGUUGGUGCUAUGAUGAGUGUAAAUGAAGAUCUGCUUUGCAGUUUUCAGAUUUUGAAGCCUGCCGAGAAGCGCGCUCGCAACCACCCGUUAGCUGGCAAAGAACCCAAGCCUGUGGUGAGCGGCUUUAAAAAAUCAAAAAAUAAUUAAGGAGCUAUAUAAAUGCUUUUUAUUAUGAUUUUUUGAAAUCAUGUCUGCAACAAAAUGAGUAUAUUUGUAUUUAAGGAAAACUCAAUUUAACUGGAAGAAUUAUUAUUCAUUCUGGCAAAAGCACUAAAGUGUCGUUUUUAAAAAAAUUUAUAUCCUUGGUUGUAUACUAGUACUGGGUUUAAGUUUUACUUUGUGAAAAAAGGGAGUCUGGUUGUUAAUACUCAGGGCCUUAUGAAAUAAUAGUCCUCGUUGUUUUCAUAACGGUCCCGGAAUAGGAUCUGUGAAGUAAUGGAAUAAUUUAAAAGAAAUUAAAGAAAUAAUUUAAUAACGUAUUUCGGAUGUAUUACAGGCGGCUGUCUGUAAGAUCCAAAAGCGGUAUAAUUUUUUGAAUUCUGUAUG